AUGACCGGUGUAGGACGUGCUUUGAAGUCGAAGAAGCUCACUCCUUGGUUUAUUGGUUCGUAUCAUAUAUUCGGGCGAGUUGGAUCUGUUGCUUAUAGAAUGGCGUUACCACUGAAUUUGUCAAAUCUACAUGAUUUGUUCCAUGUUUCACAACUUCGGAAGUAUGUUUUGGAUCCGUCGCAUGUAAUUUCGAUGGAUGAUGUUCAGGUAAGGAAUAACCUUACAGUUGAGGCUCUGCCUAUAAGGAUUGAUGAUCGAGAACUGAAACAGUUGAGAGGCAAAGAGAUUGCUCUCGUCAAGGUAGUGUGGGGAGGAGAUGCCAGAAGAAAUAUGACUUGGGAGUUGGAAAGCAAGAUCCGAGAGGCAUAUCCAGAGUUAUUCACAUCAGUUGUAGUUGUGUUAUGUUGA